GACCCCAAUAUCAAAUAUAUCCUCAAAAAUAAUAUAAAUAUCCUUCAUGCGUAUCCCAACGUUCCCAACUCUCGUCCGUACCUUCUAUACAAUCAGCAAUUACACCCUUUCUCGCCUCCCAGCAACGCAAUAUAAAGCCCUCCAACCCAUCACUCGAGGAACUGUCCUGAGAUCAAUGCCAACCAUCCCAUUUCUCUCAUCUUUCUUCGGUACUUCAAGCUCCCAGAAAAUGUCUUAUCCAGUGCAAAAAACAGACGAAGAAUGGCAAGCUGUUCUGUCAAAAGAACAAUUCCGAGUCCUCCGUAACCAAGGUACCGAAGCUCCCUACGUUGGCAAAUACGACAAACACAUGCCCGACUCCGGUGUCUACACAUGCGCCGGCUGCGACGCCCCUCUAUACAAAGCUUCACACAAAUUCAAAUCUGGAUGUGGAUGGCCCGCCUAUUUUGAUAACAUCCCUGGCGCCGUCACAAGACAUACGGAUAGCACUUUAGGUAUGCAGCGAACCGAAAUUGUAUGUUCGAACUGUGGAGGCCAUUUGGGACAUGUGUUUAAAGGUGAAGGCUUUAAGACACCGACGGACGAGAGACACUGUGUCAAUAGUGUGAGCAUGAAGUUCGCUCCGGGAGAUGAAAUCGUUGAUGACGCGAAGAAUGCCGGGGAAAGUAAAGUUUGAUUUGGAGGUGCUGUAUGAUACUCGGGGGGUUGGUAGUGGAGCGAAGCCGAUGGGGAAGGAAUUGUAUGAUACCGAUGCGAAAGAUGAAUAAUGAACUAGCAAGCGCUACCUGUAUUGAUAGUUAGUGGACCUUAUAAACA